AACCAUAAAAAAGAAAAGAAAAAAGCAAAACGCAGCAAUAGCAAAAGUGUAGCUAGGGUUUGAGUGGGUUGAUCGAUCAGAAAAAUUUGCUGCUUCCAAUUCCAAUCGCGUUUCCGUCAUCGUCGUGGCCAUGGAUUCUCUGUUAGCAAGCUACGCCUCUUCAGACGAAGAAGAAGACCAUCAACGACAACCACCUCAACAUCAAUCAAUCCCUUCCAAAACGACACCGUCUUCUUCCUCCCUCUUCCCCUCUCUUCCUCCACCCAAAUCAUCUUCCUCCUCUUCUCUCUUCAACUUUCUUCCUCCUCCCAAACAACCCUCUUCCCACACACUUUCAACCACUCCCUCCAAUUUGACCGGAAUCGGAAUCGGAAUCACUUCCCUUCCAAAACCUAAAUCCCAAAUCAAUGAAAAACCCAAAAGAGUCGUGCAAUUCAAACCCCCAAUCAUUCCUUUACCCAAACCCAAUCUUGAAGACGACGAUGAAGACGAUGACGAAGAAGAAGAACGAAACAGAAGAAGAAAGCUGGAGUCUUCCCUUCAAACUCCAUCGGUGACAUCAUUCCUGUCCAGCAUCCCAGCACCCAGAAACUCUUCCACUCUCGGUGUUCAAUCAACCUCUGGCUCUGGCAGAAGAUCCAUCCUCGAAACCACCUCACCAGCACUACCGGAGCCAAGUUUCAGUGGUGGUGAUGGUGGUUCUGGUUCUGGUUUUGUUGCCACAGAGAGCAGUGUUCAUGAAGAUCAAAAUGGAACAGAUUAUGAAAAUUAUGAAAAUUACCAAUAUGCCACUGACCAGUAUGAUAGUUAUGGAAAUUACCAAUAUGCAACUGAUCACCAGUAUGAUGGUUCCGGUGCCAGCACUGGCACUGCUUCGAAUGAUGAUGGAUAUGUGAAUUAUGGUGGCUAUGAAGGUUAUGGGCAGUAUGAAAAUAAAUGGGUUGAUAGGUCGGAUCCAUCGGCUCCGGAGGAUUCUGGGAUUAGUGAGAGUGUGUUGAAGUUUACUGGGAAGAGAGGUAGGAAGGAUGUUCCCGUGGAAGUGAUUGAAGUGAAGCAAGAUGAGUUGAUGAAGAAUAGACCAAGAGAGGAUAAAGCUAAGCUUACUGGGUUAGCUUUUGGACCUUCUUAUCAGCCUGUUUCAACAAAGGGAAAACCUUCAAAGCUGAUGAAGAGGAAGCAUCAAAUUGGUUCAUUGUACUUUGAUAUGAAACAAAAUGAAAUGAAACUCGCGGAGCGCCGUUCUAAGGGCAUGCUUACCAAAGCUGAAACACAAGCGAAAUAUGGAUGGUGAUUUGGGGGAUCAUGCUGUAAUUUUAAGAACUUCCAUUUGUAAAAUGAUUUACAAACGGAGCUUUCAAAUGUAGCUGCAGCACUUGUAUUAUACUGUUCUGUAUGCAUACAUUUACAGAUUUACUCCAAUUUGCAGCACUUGCGUUA